AUGGCUAGUAUCUGUACACUUCCUCAAACUGGAUUUGUCCCAAGGGAUUGUAGCGACAUUCAUAAGAUUUCGCCAAAUGGACCAAGUGGUGUUUACCGGAUUUAUCCAGUAGGAGGUCAAGGUUACCAAGUUUUCUGUGACAUGAAGUUGGAUGGAGGAGGAUGGACGGUUUUCCAACGAAGAAAAAACGGGUACGUGAAUUUCUACCGCAAUUGGUUGGAGUAUAAAAAAGGCUUUGGAAGUGUUAGGGGAGAGCACUGGCUAGGAAAUGAAGCAUUGCAUGAAAUAACCAGCCAUGGAUAUUACGAGUUGAGGAUAAAUCUAAAAGACUUCAAUGGUAACAAAAGAUUCGCAAAGUACAGCCAAGUUCGGAUUAGUAACGAAGCUCACGGAUAUCGAUUGACGGUCUCUGGAUAUACAGGAAAUGCAGGAGAUUCCUUGGCGUACUCGCAAGGGGCCAGGUUUUCAACGUUUGACCGAGACCAAGACUAUCACAGUGUUAACUGUGCUGAAAUAAACAAGGGAGCUUGGUGGUAUAAGGGCUGUUCUGAUAGUCUUUUGAACAGUAUUUAUUACAGGAAUCCAACAGGUCAUGAUCCCUGGCAGGGAAUAAUCUGGUAUCACUGGAAAGGAGAAAAAUACUCUCUCAAGUCAACAACCAUGAUGAUAAGGAAGCACCAACAAACAAAAUAAAAA